UCCAUCCAUUCAUCCAUUAUCAUCCAUCAUCUACUGUCUAUCUAUAAUUAUCUUCCUUUCCCCCUCUCACUGUCUGUCUGUCUAUCAUUCUCUCCCUCUUCCCUCCAUCCUAUCUAUCUAUCUAUCUAUCUAUCUAUCUAUCUAUCUAUCUAUCUAUCUAUCUAUCUAUCAUCAUCAUGUACCGUCUGUGUAUAAUUAUUUUCCUUCCCCCCCCUCACCCUGUCUGUCUUCUCUCUCUUCCUUCCUUCCUUCCGUUCUAUCUAUAAUUAUCUUCCUUCCCCCCUCUCACUGUCUUCCUAUCAUCUAUUGUCUCUCAUUCUUUCCCUCUCUCUCUCUCUGUCUCUCCAUCCAUCAUCUUCCAUCAUCUACUGUCUGUCUAUAAUUAUCUUCCUUCCCCCUCUCACUGUCUUCCUAUCAUCUAUUGUCUCUCAUUCUCUCUCUCCCCCCCUCUCUCUCUCUCUCGCUCUCUCUCUCUUGCUUCCAUCCUACCUACCUACCACAUUUCUCCCAAUAUAAGUCCUACCCCAAAAUUAAGCCCUAAUGCUUAUUUUGUCGCCCAAAAAUUAUAAGACUGGAUCUUAUUUUCAGAAAAACCAUAUGUGUUUGUGUGUUGUUCAGACACGGACUAAACAAGGCAAACCAGGACUGGCUACAGGCAUAGCAUUUUUACAACCUUAUUCAGCAAAAACCAUCAGCCUGGGGCCCAGACAAGCAAGCAACACAUGGCCCAUCAUCCCCUGCCAAAUCAGCCACGGAAAACCAUCCUGCCUGGUUGGGGCUUGUGGAACUCCCUGCCACAAGAAUGAGAAUCCAGCACUGGACUCACUGAGCCACAGCUGUCGGCGAAUGCUGGUGAUGGGGUGCUGUUGACCGCCGCCGUCCACAGUGACAUCUGCGCGAGGUCUCGGAGCAGCGGGCUGACCCCCCGGAUGCCCAUCGCCGAGCGGCGGGCCUUGAACCAUGGGGCAAAAAGUGACAGGGGGGUUCAAAACGAUGGACAUGCAGGAUGCGGUGUGCCGGCCGUUGAAGCAGGAACUCCAAGGGCUGGAUUACAACAAGCCGGCUCGGCUGGACCUCCUGCUGGACAUGCCGGCUGUCUCCUAUGACGUCCAGCUGCUCCAUUCGUGGAACAACGACGACCGCUCGCUCAACGUCUUCGUGAAGGAGGACAACAAGUUGACUUUUCACCGGCAUCCGGUGGCCCAGAGUACCGACGCCAUCCGGGGCAAAGUGGGCUACACUCGUGGGCUACACAUCUGGCAGAUCACCUGGGCCAUGAGGCAGCGGGGGACCCACGCCGUGGUGGGCGUGGCCACGGCCGAGGCCCCCUUGCACUCGGUGGGCUACACCACCCUCAUCGGGAACAACCUCGAGUCCUGGGGCUGGGACCUGGGGCGCAACCGGCUCUACCACGACGGGAAAAACCAAGCCAGCAAGACUUAUCCAGCGUUCCUGGAGACGGACGAGACCUUCAUCGUGCCGGAUUCGUUCUUGGUGGUGCUGGACAUGGACGACGGUACUCUCAGCUUCAUCGUGGACGGACAGUACAUGGGAGUGGCCUUCCGGGGGCUGAAAGGGAAAAAGCUCUACCCCGUGGUGAGCGCCGUGUGGGGCCACUGCGAAAUCCAGAUGCGAUACUUGAACGGCCUCGAUCCUGAACCUUUACCACUGAUGGACCUGUGCCGACGUUCGGUGCGCCUCGCUUUGGGCAAGAACCGGCUGGGUGAGAUCUCGACACUGCCUUUGCCCAAAUCUCUCAAAAAUUACCUUCUUUACCAAUGACACCUCUUGAACAUCGGAAGGACAGACCUCUUGCAGGAGCGAAUUUCUGUUGGAUUCAUUGAGUCAAAAUCAUGGGGGCCUCGUCAUCUGCUCCAACGCCCCAUCCCUGGGCCACAUCGUGAGCAGAAAAUCUCCUUUUCCAAGAUCACAUCCUACCAGGAUUUGUUUCCAGAAAAGAUUCCAGCCAAACGUUUCUGCAUUCUCGUUUGAAUUUCCCGCUCGUCCGUCAACCACGAAAGGGGGGCGGUCCUGUGGAUUUUUGUGGAGCCGGGGAUGGCUCGCCCAUCUUGGAGAUGGCGCAGGUGCAAGCAUCGGACAACGGGCCCAACUUUUGGAUGCGGGGAAAGGGAUGAGGCCCGCACACAGAAUCAGACUGGUGGCCUGAGGGGGACACGAGCCACUGUUGGAGCUCUCCUUCCACAUCAGGCCCUCGGCCGUAUUUUUCCCUGCCUUCACCACCGUGCCUUGGCCCCCAUCAAAUCGCCCGGCCUCACUGCUGCAUGGCUCACCCUCCCGUCUCUUGCUGGAGAAAAUACUUGAAAUGAAAAUUGGUGGGGCGGGGGAUAUAAAGAUCAUUUGGAGGGUGGAGGGCUGGGAGGGAGGGAUGCCCUAAGCAUCCCCCUUCCCCCCCCACCGGCUAAAAACCAUUUUACUUCAUUCGUCCUUGCCAGGGAUGGAGGAAUGGGUACGUGGGGAUUCCACCCACAUAGCUGGCUGGGAAUUUGGGGUGCCAGAAACCUCAGACUCCAAUGGGGGAGGGUCUUUCAAUUGUGGGGGAAGGUGGUUAAGCCCGCUAGCCAAGUCCCAUCGUGGAUUCCUUGUUCGCGAAUGGACUAAAAUGCCAUUUAUAGUCGGGCUCAAAUUCAGUGGCUGACCCAGAAUAUAGUUUUGGAGUGUGAGCUCAAUCGUAAACCCCCCUCCUACAUUUCCUGGGCUGGUUGGGCAUCGCAGGAUAGCACCCACCCACCCACCCGGUGUGAUACUCUAGACUAGCAAAUAUCCUUGAUCCAACCAGCAGGGGAGAAAAAGCAUUUAUUUUCGAUACUGCCUUCCAAGGGAUUUGAUUUGCACAUAUUUUAUUAACCUUAAAUGGAGGUGGGGAAAACAUUUGUGUGUUGUUUCUUAUGUCCCACCCACCCAAUUUGGUCUACAGGUGUGUUCUUUUUGUUUGAUGUGUGUUUGGUACAGGGAGCGUCUCUUAUUUGGAGGGGGAAAUGUUAAUAUAUAGAUACAGUGUGCGUGCGUGUGUGUGUGUAUAUGUAUAUACAUUUUGCAUUGUUUUGAAUGUUAAAAACGCUGGAUUGUUUUUUCGUUGUUGAUGUUUUUAAGUCAUGCUGCUGUAGAGAAGUUGUAGUUAGUUUGUUUUAAACAAGAGACAAAUAGACUAGGUGAUUAUUUUUGUGUUGGUUGUUUGUUUUUUUUUGUUUUUUUAAGCACACAACUUGGUGCCAAAGUUAGUUAGUUUUGGGAGGCAAACUUUGUGCUUGUCUCUCAUUAUUAUUAUUAUUGUUGUUGUUAUUAUUAUUUUUUAAAAAGCGAAGAAUAAAACCAAAAACUGUUUUCAAGCGGAACACUUUAAAAAUAAUUGCACAUCAAGGGAUUUUAAUGUGUGCAAGGCCAAGCAUUUUUAAUUGUCCUUCGUCCCCGUUUUCCCCACUCACACCAAGAAUUCAGGCACGUAGGUGAUUUCUUUCUAUCUUUCUUGUUUUCUUUUAUUAUCUUCAGUAUUUCAUUUCCCCUUCCUUCCUUUAUUUGGUGCACGUCAGUGUAUCUGGCUUGUACAAUUGUUUUUUUUUUUUUAAUUAAAAAAAAACCCUCUCACUGGUUUAUCCCCCCCUCCCCUCCCUUUGGUGGAUUGUAGAUGAUUAGGUCCCCGAUGAAAGCAAAAGAACGAAAAUAAAAAUUUAUUAAUA